AUGCGAAAUGGAGAGGGCAUUGGACGAGGCCAGGGCGAGGUCAGGCUCGGGGUCAAUAUUAGGGUCAAGGUCGGGUGCGGACUUGGGGGCGUGGACAGGGGCAUCGGAAGGAAAGGGAACGGGAGAUGCGCGCACGUGGCCAGGGACGGGAGCCGAGGGGGUUGUGGGAGCCGAGGGGGUUGUGGGAGCCCCGCCGUGGAGCAGGGGUCUCGGCAGCGAGGGAGAGCCCUGCCCGGCCGCACCACGGGGCCCCCGUGGUGGAGAUGGAGCCGCGAAGUCCGCGACCUCCCGGCGGCCGCGUGGAGCGGAGACCACGCGCAGGGCGAUGGGGACCUGGGGGUGCUCAUGGACGAGGUGGAGCACGUGACCUGGGAGUGCGCGAGACUCGAGGGGGAGAUCAGAGAGGAGGAGCGAGUGGUGGAGACACUGAGAAGACGGUGUCACCGUGAAUCUGGGCUGCGUCUCCUCGCCGAGGCGCGCUGCGCCGAGUCGCGCCAGCGUCGAGAUUCGAGUCUCGCUCACAUCCUGGCGCUCGAGCCGCGACUCCACGCGCUGAGCCACGCGCUGAGCCACGAGCUGAGCCGCGUUCAGUGCCACGUUCAGUGCCACGCCGAGAACCACGCUGAGUCCCUGUGA